AUGUCUCAAACAUCAUCAAUGGUAUCUAACCAAAGCCCCAAAUCGGUGAAGUAUUGCCAUUUUGGGAGUUUGAUCAAAUUGAGGACUUCAUGGACAUACAUGAAUCCAGGAAGACGCUUCGAGGCUUGUGACAACAACCAUAAAAACAGAGUUGGAGAGCAUUAUUUUAGGUGGUUGAACAAGGAGACAUGUACAAGCGGGAAGAAUGUGGUGCCUGGUCUGCUUAGAAGAACAAGAAUGAUGGAGACUGUAAUGAGGGAGACAGAAGAGAGAAAAAAUGUUGUGGUCAACACACUUCAAUCCUUAGAAGCUCGAAACUUGGAAAUGGAGGGCAUAAUUGAAGAAAAUAAGGAGUUGGAUUAUGCAGUCAAAGACAACAGAAGGCUUAGACUUUUGCUGGAAGACAAUAUGAUGAGGCAUCGACGAAGAUAA